GCAACUCUAGUCGAAGCUUUCGAUCAUCAAGACCGGCUUGCAGGCAGAUAAGAACAGAAAAAAAGCGAAGACAAACAAGGGCAUUUAAAUCAAUCGAAUUAAACGGGUCUGCUGCGUAAUUAUUUUGGGGAACAUCAACAGCGACGAUGUACGUGUACAUUUGCGCUCUUCUAUUCUCGUCGUUGUUGCUGGCGACAAGCGCUCAAUCGAAAUUCGAAUAUGAAAUUAAGGAAUUUCAAGUGCCAUUGGAUCACUUUAGUUUUUUGAGCAACGCGAGCUUUAGCAUCCGUUAUCUGUACAACGAGUCGUAUGCGGACAAAUCUAAUCCCAAAUCGAUAUUUUUCUACACUGGCAAUGAGGGCGACAUCGAAUGGUUUGCGAAGAACAGCGGAUUCGUUUGGGAAUUGGCCGAGAAGGAGAGAGCAAUUGUUGUGUUUGCUGAGCAUCGAUAUUAUGGCAAAUCUUUGCCGUUUGGCAGCGACACUUUUAAUGCCAGCAAACCGGAGCAUUUGGCCUAUUUCACCGUGGAGCAGACGCUGGAGGAUUAUGCCAUGUUGAUCACAUUCCUGCGCAAUGGCCGCCAGUUGCCUGUGGUGGCAUUUGGUGGCUCCUACGGUGGCAUGUUGGCAGCCUGGUUUCGCAUAAAAUAUCCGCAUAUUGUGGUUGGUGCACUUGCCGCCUCGGCACCCAUUCUACAAUUCGAGGGAUUGACGCCCUGCGACAUCUUCAACGAGAUAACCACAUCGGUUUUCAACACGGCCUACAAUGCCAAUUGCAGCGCGAAUAUUGGCAAAUCGUGGCAUGCCUUCGAAACGAUGGCGGCUACCGAUGCUGGCAAGAAGCAACUGGGCGAUAAGUUUCAUCUGUGUGAGCCCAUCAAGAACGGCGAUGAUUUGAAUCAAUUUAUGGACUACUUGGAGGAUGUGUAUGCCAAUCUGGCCAUGUCCAAUUACCCGUACAAUACGAACUUCCUAGCCCCACUGCCUGCCAAUCCGGUGCGGCAGUUCUGCUUAUAUCUCAAAGAUCUGCAUGCGGAUGAGGCAGAUCUGGUUAGUAGCAUGGCCAGCGCUUUGGCUGUUUACACAAAUUACUCGGGCAGCGAUCCAUGCGUCGACUAUAAGAACUCGAAUGCGAGCAGUGCCACCGUCGACAGCUCUGGCUGGGAAAUUCAGAGUUGCAACCAGAUGGUGAUGCCCUUCUGCGCCAACAGCAGCAACACCAUGUACCGCACCAGCACCUGGGACCUGAAAAAGGUGUCCGACAAGUGCUACAAGAAGUUCCAACUCACGCCCAAACCCUUUGACAUUGUGCUGCGCUAUGGCGGACGGGAUCUGGUCGCUGCCAGCAACAUCAUCUUCAGCAACGGUCUGCUCGAUCCCUGGAGUGGUGGCGGCGUCCUCAUGUCACCGAACGAUCGCAUUCACAUCAUCAUUUUGCCAGAGGGUGCUCAUCAUUUGGAUCUGCGUCAGAGCAAUCCAAUGGAUCCCGCAUCCGUCGUCGACGCUCGCCAGAAGGAGGCAGCCAUCAUUGGGCAAUGGAUAAGCGAAUUUUAUCGUUAUUUGUAGAAAUUUACAAUUUACAUAAUUGAAAUACUCUUAAAUGUAUCGAGUAUGAGAAGAGCAUGUCAUGAAAUAAAAAACUGCUUGUUAUUUUAAA